CAAUAACACCCGUUUGUGGUGGUGCAAGUGCAACAAAUAAAAAGCCAGAUAGAAACCAACCAAGAACAUAUCUUAGUGAGAGAAAGAAAGUGCAUUAGGUGCUUUUUAUUGAGAUGAUAUAGUUUAUAAAUUCAUAAAAACAUAGAUUUUCUUGCUUUAGUUUCAUUAACUAGAUGGGUUCUUAAUUUUAUUUUUUUUUACUAUCAUUAUUUUCUCCAAAAUCUAAACCCAAAUUUAGAUCCUUCUAUAGUAUGUGAUUUUUCAUAUAUUUUUUCUUCCAAAGUCUAUUGUUAUUUUUCAUAGAACAUAAAUAUAGUAUCUUGCAACUAUGAGGAUCCGAAAAGCUUACUCUACUCUCUCAGAUCUCAACAUGAUCAACCGGUCACCGGUGGUGGUGCAACUCAACGAUGCUACAACUACAUCACCAAAACUUUCUUGCACUCAUGACUUGGCUACUGCACUCUUAUCUCUCUCAGAUCAUCGACAGCCGUCCGAUCAACGACUCCCGCCGAUCGGGAAACCAACCAAUGGCUGUGAUGAUUCCUUAAGCCAGCACAAGAAGCAAGAAAUUUUGGUAGAAGAUGGGAGAGGGCAGGUCAAGGAAGGGGGACAAAAGGGUAAUGAUACCAGUAGGAAUGGAAGCAUCUUGAGUGCACAAACUUCAACUGAAGUUUUCUCUCCUUCAAGGCCUUCUAGUCAUAAACAAGAUUGGAGAUGGAACGACGGAGAUAAAGCUUUUCCUCUAAAGAAACGGAGAGGAAACUUUGCGACGAAUAGCAACGACAAUGCAAAGAAGAUGAAAACAAAUACAAAAAAGAAGUGUUAUGAUAGUAAUGAAUGGGAUGAAGAGGAAGAUCAUAGAGAAGAAGAGGUAGUGAUGGUUAGAGAAACAAAACAAAAGAAGGUAAGAGGUGGUGCACUUAUGGAAGGUUCGCGGUGCAGUCGAGUUAAUGGAAGAGGAUGGAGGUGUUGUCAACAAACCCUAGUUGGUUAUUCUCUUUGUGAGCAUCAUUUAGGGAAAGGAAGAUUGAGAAGCAUGACAAGUGUAAGAAAUAGGUCUAUUGUGGCUGAAAAAAAUUCUAUUGAAAAUCCAAUAUCUCAAACUGAACCUCCAUCUCUUGAAAAGCUAACAAAGUUUGAUGGUGAAGAUAAAGAUGAGAAGAAGCCGUUGAUUAUCGCGAAGAAGAGGAUGAAGAUUGGAAUGGUGAAAGCGCGAUCGAUGAGUAGUUUGUUGGGACAAACAAGCAGUGAUCUUGUGGUAGCUGAGAAUAACAAGUAAGAAUACUAAUAGCAAAAUACUAGGGAUGAAAAAAUUGUUAAUAUUUCAUGUACUUCAGAUUGGGUGCAAGUUCAACUUCUUAACAAUUUAUUUGCAUGUGUGUAAUUUCUAUGUUAUCGUUCUUUGUUCAUAUUUUGUGAAGUUUUGAUUUGUGUUGUAAUUUCUUGCGGGUAGAUUAUUAUUAAAUUUAUGACAUUGGACUAAAAAUGCGUUGUUUGA